UUAUGAUGGAGAUAUCAGGUUUCUCUUUGCACACCCUGUUCGUGCUCUUGGGCUCUGUAGCCUUGCUCAGUGCUGUCCAGACAUACAUUGACUUCUCCCGGGCUCUUCGUUCUAUCAAACAUCUUCCUGGGCAUCGGACUCUCAUCAGUUCAGCCACGUUGAUAGGAAACAUUUUCCCCAGGAUACCUUUUAUUUCUCUCGGACAUGAUCAUCUAUGGAGGUUGAAACAUUCUACGUUUGUGGACAAAGGGCUGGAUAUUGUUUCUUCAGUAGCACUUUGGCCUAAAGGUCUCGUAUCUGUGUGGAUUGCGGACGCUGCCGUAAUUAAGGAAGUAGUGUGGUCCCGCGGCCGGUUUCCCAAACCUCUGCACCAGUACACAAUUCUUACUUUCUUCGGCGGCAACAUAGUUGUAUCGGAAGGCGAUGAGUGGAAGAGAUACCGGAAAAUCGUUGCUCCGGCCUUUUCAGACCGUAACAACAGGCUUGUAUGGAACGAGACGUGCAGAAUCAUGCUUGAUCUCUUCGAUAAUGUUUGGGCUGGAAAAGAUGAAAUAACGGUCGAUCAUGGGGUUGACUUAACACUCCCAAUCGCCUUAUUCGUUAUAGGCGCUGCAGGAUUUGGUCGUAAUAUAUCGUGGCAAGAAGACGCUAUUAUUCCUCCUGGCCACAAGAUGACAUUCAAAGAUGCACUACAUAUCGUCACCACAAAUUUAGUUCUCAAACUAACUGUUCCUAAAUGGGCAUUUGGCCUCACCAAACGACUACAGCGAACUUGGCUAGCGUUUGAAGAAUUAGAGCGGUACCUGUAUGAAAUGAUACAAGCUCGGAAGAACGCUGAGAUCAAGGAAGAAAGACAUGAUUUGUUCAAUAGUCUGUUGGCGGCGAACGAUGAUGCGGAUCUUUCUUCUGAUGAAGUGAGGCUGUCCGAUAGUGAGUUAGUCGGUAACAUCUUUAUCUUUUUGGUAGCUGGACACGAGACAACUGCGCACUCUCUCUGCUUCGCGCUUGCAAUGUUGGCACUAUACCCAGACGAGCAAGAGAUCCUUCACCAGCACAUUAAAGGUGUCCUGCCCGAUGGCAGAAUUCCGGCGUACGAGGAUAUGACGCAACUCACUCGCUCUUUUGCUGUCUUCAACGAAGCGCUUCGGAUGUUUCCUCCCGUGACUGGCAUACCAAAGUCAUUCGCGGAAGAUACAUCGUUCGUCACGCCCAAUGCAGCAGGCGAGAAUACGACUGUGACUAUUCCCCGGGGUGCAGUUAUGUCUCUCGACGUGCCUGGACUACAUUACAACCCUCGAUACUGGGAGGACCCCCAUACAUUCAAACCUUCGCGUUUCUUGGGAGACUGGAAUCGCGAUGCGUUCCUUCCAUUCAGUGCUGGACACCGUGGUUGCGUCGGACGAAAGUUCUCAGAAACUGAGGGCACCGCCGUGCUCACUCUUUUUAUCAUGCGAUACAAGGUCGAGAUCAAGGAAGAGCCGCAGUUUGCUUCGGAGACAUUUGAACAGAGGAAAGAGCGGAUACUUGAUGCGAGGAGUACUGUGACGCUGGCACCGACACGGGUGCCUUUUGUGUUCAAGCGGAGGGACUGAACAUGUCAUGGGCGGUUAUGUUAUAUAGUCGGACCGAUUGCAGUUAUAAUGUCCUUUUUCGAUGUAUCGUUUGACGCUGAACACAGCUUAUUUCAGAUUUUUUGCUUAGUG